AUGUUUUUAACAAAAGAGGAUAGUCUGGAGAUUCUAAGAGUUUGCAAUUCAUUACACAAGAAAUAUCCUCAGGAGAAAAAAUUCAGAUCAGUGGCGAUUCCAGGAACUCAAGAAGCUGGAUUCUCACCAAUCUAUAGAAAUGAAGCAUCAACUGAUGAAUUAAUCAAUUUGGUACACCCAAAACUACAGACUUUUCAUGAUUUCUUCCAACAUUCGUUGAAUUUGUAUGGUGAUGAGUAUUGUUAUGGUUAUAGACCCAUUGUUGAUGGUGAAGCUCAAGAUUAUUUCCAUUAUUUGACAUAUAAGGAAGUUGAGAUUAGGAAGGAUAAUUUUGCCAGUGGGUUGAUUAAUUUGGUCUUUAAUCAUCCAAAUUUUGAUAAAAAUGAUAAAGAAUUUUAUUAUGAAGAUGGUAAACCAAAUUUUAUGGUUUCUUUAUUCAGUGGGAAUCGUAUAGAAUGGAAAUUGACAGAUAUGGCAACAAGUGAUUAUUCUUUACCAAAUACAGCUUUAUAUGAUACUUUAGGUCCUGAUGCUUCAAGGUAUAUAUUGGAAUUGACCAAAAGUCCUGUUGUUGUGUUAUCAAAAGAUAAAAUAUCUAAAAUUUUGAAGUUGAAAAAAGAGUUUGGAUUAAAGAACUUACAUAUUCUAAUCAGUAUGGAUGAAUUAACUUUUGAGAAUGAUUUUGGACUAAUACAAUAUUCUGAUAGUCUUGGAAUUCAAUUGAUUGAUUUUUCAAAAGUUGAAACAUUGGGUGAAAUCAAUCAAUUACCAAAAGACUUUAAUCUACCAAAACCUUCAACGAUCUAUACAAUUUCGUUUACCUCAGGUACAACUGGUCCUCCAAAAGGUGUUUUGAUUGAUCACAGAAUAGCAAUAUCUGGUAUAACUGCAACAUUCAUUCAUUUCAAGAAACCAAUAAACAAUAUUGAUGAAGAAACUUAUUACAACUUUGCAAGUAAUAUUGAUAAUAAUGGUAAACAAAUUCGUGCUUUAAGUUAUCUACCAUUGGCUCACAUUUAUGAGCGAAUGCUAAUCAAUUGGGCAACUUUCAGAGGAUUUGCUAUUGCAUUCCCAUCAAAACCUGGUACAGCUUCAUUGUUUGAAGAUCUCAGGGUUUUACAACCACAUUAUUUCACUGGUGUUCCAAGGGUAUAUUCAAGAAUUGAAACUUCAAUUAAAGCACAUAUUUCAAGUUUAAAUCCUAUUGGUAAAAAGGCAUUUGAACUAUCAAUGACAUCAAAUACAUGGUAUAAUAUCCUUGUGGGUCAAUUGUCUAAAUUGAAAGAACAAUUGGGUUUCCAAAAUGUACACUAUUGUACUAGUGCUAGUGCACCAAUGUCACCACAUUCAAUAAAAUUUCUUAAAGAUUCCCUCCAUAUUGGUUUUGAAAAUUCUUAUGGAUUAACCGAAUCAUUUGCUGUCAUGUCCUGUGAUGAUCCAUUUGGUGAUGCUUAUAUGGGUAAUGUUGGACCACCUUGCGUUUCUACUGAAAUGAGAUUGAAAGAUGUUGAAGCUAUGGGAUAUAGUGCUAGUGAUGACCCACCACGAGGUGAAUUACAAUUACGUGGGCCUCAAAUUUACUUGGGUUAUUAUAAAAAUACAAAAUCUACAAAAGAAGUUCUUGGUGAAGAUGGAUGGUUUAGUACUGGUGAUAUUGCAACAUUUGAUUCAAAUGGACGUAUAAUUGUGAUUGAUAGGGUUAAGAACUUUUUCAAGUUGAGUCAAGGUGAAUAUAUUACACCUGAAAAGGUAGAAAAUACUUAUUUAACAAGCAAUCAAUUAUUAACUCAGAUGUUUGUGCAUGGUGAUUCAAUGAAGAACUAUCUUGUUGGGGUCGCUGGUGUCGAGCCUGAAUCUUUCAAAAAAUUUUUGAAGGAAAAUCUUGAUGUUGAAGUGAUAGAUAAUAACCAUUUGAGGGUACAUCUUGAAGAUCCUAGGGUUAGGAAAAGUAUUUUGGCCCUUUUGAAUACUAAUGCAAUGAAUAAAGGUGUUCUACAAGGGUUUGAAAAACUCCAUAACCUUUAUCUAGAUAUUGAACCACUAAAAGUUGAAGAUGAAGUACUGACACCAACAUUUAAGUUGAAAAGGGUACAAGCGGUGAGAAAGUUUAAGCAGGUGUUAGAUAAUCUUUACCAUGAGGGUUCGCUUGUUGAUUCUGUGGGGAAACUCUAA